CGAGCCCGCGGCGGCUGUUGCCGUCUUACCACUAAAUGAGUCCACCCUGUCUAGCAAACGUGGCGUCGCAAACGUGGAGAGACUCGCCCGAGCUCGAGGACUUGGCGGUGCGGCAGGGAUGGGGGCGGAAUGGUGGAGCCCCAAAUGCGUGCGGAAUGCCCCAAGGAUUAACGCACGCACAGCUGGCGAAAAUAAUAUCGCAUCCGCCUUGAGAACCUUUCGCAUGGUUUUCGCCGGUCCAUUGACGCGUCCAUCGGCGGUAUUUCCUUCCCAUUCUGCUUCACCGGCAUGCUUGGAACGCUCGUAGUAUCCCUUAAUGGGCAUUAAAGCAGCUGGAGGACGCGCACCGGUGUUCUGCGUCGGGAAAUUGCCAAGCAUGUGGGGACAUGCCGCCACAACCAGCGGUGUUGUCGCCCCAUUCAACUCUUUUAGCAGUCUUUGUCGCCCAAAUUGCCUUAUGACCAGUUCCGCCGAUGUGCGCAAGCAAGGGUCUAGGCGAAAAGCGUGCGAAAACACAUGCGAAAAGACCCUGCGGAAUGUGCGGACUUCCGCCCCCAUCCCUGCGGUGCGGGCACUUUGCGCCAUGAGCGGCGAGCCCUCGCCCCUCGAGGAGCAACCGGACCUAGAUAACUCUGAGGACCUACACAACAGCUCUGACGCUGCGAACGCCAGCAGCCGGAAGGGUCAGCCAUGGAGCGAGGAGGAGCACAGGGCGUUCUUGGCAGGCCUGAAGUCACUCGGCAAAGGUAGCUGGCGACAAAUUAGCCAGCAGUUCGUGCCGACGCGGACCCCUACGCAGGUGGCCAGCCACGCACAAAAGCACUUUAUGCGUGUAGCCGGUGCUACCAAGCGGAAGAGCCGCUUCACGGCGCUCGAGACCGAGGUUCUGCCGCCCGCCAAGAUUGCUCAUGUUGAUUCGAGGCAGCACGGUUCGGAGCAGACGGAGCAGCUGGAGCCGCAGCCCCAGGCGCAGGCGCGACAGCCGGCGAUGGCCCCGCAGGCGCAGCAGGCAGGCGCACCCGCGGCCUCGCAGUUUGGGCCGAUGGCCGCCUUUGGGCCUAUGGCUGCGUUCCCGUUCAUGAACCCCAUGAUGUUCGGCUUCCCGGCGCCCUUCUUCCCGCCCUUCAUGUGCCCGCCCCCCGCCUUCGCGGCCGCGGCGAUGCAGAGCAUGAACGCGAUGCAGAAGUCUGGUAUGGCUCCCGGCAUGAUGAUGCCGCCGCUGUUCGCGCCCAUGAUGGCCGCCAUGGCCGCAGCCUCCACGCCCUUCUUCAUGGCGCAGCAAAUGCAGGCCAUGGCGGCGCAGGCGGCGGCAGCGCAGCAGCAGGCGGCGCAGGCCGCAGCGGCACAGCAGCAGCAGCAGUACGCAGCGACGCAGGCGGCCACCAGCGGCGCCGCCACCACGGCCGGCACCGCCACCGCCACAUCCGACACAGCCAACAGCGAUGACGCGGUGCGGCGCCGCCACGCCUCCGUCGCCGCGCCCAGCGUUGGCAACAAUGCCGGCUUGGGCGGCUCCUCGCCUGCGGUCAAGGCCGAGCCCGUGUUGCACGUGCAGAUCCCCGCGCGGCCGCCGUCGGCCUGCGGCGUCGCCGGCAGCACCAACACCAGCCCAGGCCGUGUUGCGGCCGCGACGCCGGGGCCUGACGCAGUGGCGGCGACGGGCGGAGAGUCGCCGGCAGCGGCACAGGCCGGCGCCAGCAAUGCGGCGCCGCCGCGGGAGCAGGCGAAGAGCUGUGGCGGCGCCCCUGGCGGCGUUGGUGCCAGGUGUAGCGGCAGCGGCGUGGCGGUGCCCGCGGGCGGCUGCGGCCUGGAGCAGCAGCAGCAGCCGCUGCAGCGGCGGGUGUCGGGUGGGCGCGGCGAGGAAGGUGGUGCGGCGUUGCCCUUCCAUGCGUCCUCGCACUCGGCUUUCCGGCCGCCGCAGGCGCAGCAGGAGAUCAAGGCCGAGAGCUAGGGCAGCCGCCCGGCCUGGCGCGUUGCGAGGUGCCCGGCUCAGUCGCCGCCGCCGCGGCGGGCAGUUGCAGUGGCGGCCGCGGGUGGGGGUUCACAGCGACGCAUGCCUGCACAUGCGCAUGCGGCACGCGCUGGCAGAGGCGGGCAGGCGGCGAAGCGCCGGUCCCAACCG